UAGUUACCGAUGUUUAAUUCACAAUAUGGUCGCACUCUGUCGUCAUGCCGUUGAUUCCUCAUCACCCCCUCACUAAUACCUUGGGUACAUAAGGCUGACCUACCUCAUAUAACUACCUCUCAAGAUACCCGUCUAUAUUCGAUCCUCUCGACAAUAUACGCUUUAAAAUCAUACACUACUCGCCAACAUCAGGGAUUUAUAUAUACCUAUAUAUACAUUUAACGAUUCGGAUAUUUUGACCAUGGCCGACAAGCUUUAUAUUUCCGAAACCCCUGAAGAUGUUAAAAACGCUAAAGGCCUCCACCUGAUCACGCAGAAUACCCCAAACGGGCAAGCCGUGCAGAUCCUCCUAGAGGAACUUGCCGAGACAUAUGGCACAUCGUGGACGACUACACUGAUUGAUAUCUCGACCAAUGAGCAGAAGAAGGAAUGGUUCCUGCGAUUGAAUCCUAACGGGCGCAUUCCGGUGUUGGUUGAUAACAACCAAAGCCCCCCUUUCACUGUCCAUGAGACGUCAGCUCAAUUGUGGUAUUUAUUGCAAUCUACAGACAAGGACAACAAGUUCGGCUUCGCAGAUGGCCUUGAGAGUAAUGAAGCGCUGCAGUGGACCUUCUUCUGGCAUGGAUCCGGAGCCCCUUAUCAAGGCCAGGUCGCCCACUUCACCCGGGUUGCUCCUGAGAAGAUUGAAUAUGCUAUCAAUCGCUUCAGGAACGAGACGCUGAGAGUUUUUGGGGUGCUUGAGAUUAGACUCUCCGGAAAGUACACCGGUGAGCCAAGGGAAUACCUAGCUGGCAAAGGGAAAGGGAAAUAUUCCGUGGCAGACAUUAAGACCUGGCCUUGGGUCAAAGGGUGGGAAAAGAGCGGUUUCACCAAGCAGGAGUUUGAGAAAUUCCCGUAUUUAUUACAGUGGAUUGACCGCAUUGCCCAGCGCUCUGCCGUGCAGAAGGGAAUCGGAGCCAAGUACAUCAAGUCUUAACUUAUAUCGGAAUUUAUUCCAAAGUUGAAUAGGUAGUAAUUACAUCAACCGUUUUCCAAAA